AUGUUCUCAAGAAGCGUGUUAUCCAAUGUGGGCGAUGCCACAUGGUCUUCAAAUAUCGAUCUGAAGCUAAACACAUCACAGGCCGUUCGGCAAGCCUGCCACCAAGCGCGCCCUCUCGCCAUCAAACCCACCUCCGCCCCUCGACUGUUACGCCUUAGUCCGAUCCAGAUCCGACUUCUAUCACAAGAGACGCGCGCAGCGAUAGACAAGGCUGUGGGCUCCGCGCCUGUGGUGUUGUUCAUGAAGGGCACACCCGAGACGCCACAGUGCGGGUUCUCGAGAGCCAGCAUUCAAAUACUUGGACUGCAGGGUGUGGAUCCGGCGAAAUUCACAGCGUUCAACGUAUUGGAGGAUGAGGAGCUGAGGCAGGGCAUCAAAGAGUACUCCGAGUGGCCGACGAUACCACAGCUUUACGUCGAGAAGGAGUUCGUGGGUGGCUGUGACAUUCUGAUGUCAAUGCAUCAGGACGGGUCGCUGGCAAAGAUGCUGGAGGAGAAGAAUGUGCUUGUGCCGGCGGAGGAGGGUGAGGCGAAGUGA